CCGAAUUCCGAACUGAAAAACCGAAUUAUUAUAAUUGCAAGCUCUAAAUGGUAGAUUUUUAUGUUUCUACUUAUUAUGAGACUUAAAUAUUUGAAUCAUGUUAGUGUUUUAUGACUUAUGUAUUGAAAUGUUUAAUUUUAUCAUUGAUGAUGCAUAUUUAUUGUUUGCAUUAGGGGUGAAAAAUAAUUUAAAAAAGAGAAGAUACAAGUUAACCUCACUAUUUCGGUUUUGUAUGAAAAACCGAACCGAACCGAAUUAUAAUUCGGUUUGAACCGAACGAACCGAAUUAUAAUUCGGUUUGAGGUUUGAUAGAAUUCGGGGACCUGGUAUGCAUAAUUUUGGUUCGGUUUGAACUGAACCGACCAAAUGCCCACCCCUACUCACUGGAAGACUUCUGGGCAUGGAGAUUCACUGAUCAUGGCUGCUUCACGGGUAAGUCGGCCUUCUUUCUCUUCCACCAACGUAUCAGAAUGAUUGAAGGACACAUGAUUUGUGUUCUGUCGAGAACAAGGAUCGAUGGAAACGGUUAUGGAACCUCGCUAUUCCCCCUAAGCUCAAAUUCUUUGUGUGGAAAAUUUCUAGAGGUGCCCUAGCCUCGAAAGAAAACCUACACAUGAGAAAGUGCUCCCCUAGCAUGAGUUGCCCGCUUUGUGUCCAUCCGAUCGAGUCGAUUCACCACUGCUUGUUUGCAUGCCCCCAUGCAAAUGAAGGUUGGAAAAAGGAAUGGCCUACGCUCCCCCACCCUAAUCCAAGUAUCCCGUUCCUGGAAUGGCUGCAUGCACUGACGUCCAGGUACCCGAUCUGCUCUAUCCAGAAGAUUAUUUUCCUCCUUUGGCAGACUUGGAAGUCAAGAAACGAGCGUAUCUUCAAAAACACCACCCCAUGGCCCCCAUCGACGAUCUCUAAGGCAGCCUCUGCUCAUCAACAAUGGACCUCCUGCCCCAAGAGGUCACCCACUGCUACUCUCCCUACUAAGCUUAUCCCACCACCGAAUCUAGCUUCACCACCGCCAAGUUCUCAUGAUUUUGAGAUACACUGCGACGAGUCAAUCUUCAGGGACCCCCAGGAGGUGGCUUUUGGCGUCGUUGUCAUGAACAGCCAUGGUCAAGUGUGUGACGGUAAGGCUGAGUCCCUGCAUUGUUUCUCCCCUAUUGAAGCGGAAGCUAAAGCUCUGGAGGAAGGCUCGCGUUUGGCUGCUUCCCUUCGCUCACCAUGCCUUGUUCACUCGGACUGCUUGACUCUUGUUAAAGCGCUCAGCGAGCAUCGGACGACAUGGCCUUGGCGAGCGGCAGCUUGGAUUGGAAGUAUCAAGCAAACGCUGGAUAACAGCCCGAUGAUUCGGAUCAAGCACAUUGGUCGCAAGAGAAACUCAAUGGCAAACUGGGUAGCUAGGUCUUGCGCCAAGAACACUUUACCCACUGAAUGGGUUCAGAUUCUUGACGUUGUAUCCCCCCUUCUGUAACACUUGGCUUUUGCAACAAUGAAAUGGAAAUGCAAUGCCCUCUUGUAAAAAAAAAUGUUGUGGCCACAAAUCAAUAAAGGAAGACACAGGACAAUCGUGGGGAUUACGGAAGCUUGCACGCUUGUUGGGCAUAAAUCAAGAAACAGACCCACUGUCAUAUUUGGCCCCACAACGUUGCGGAGUAAAGGAGACUAAUAUCGCUCUGCAGGCCUACGGUUCCUUCUAUUUCCGUCUCGCUCAAGGUAAAACAUUGAUGUGGUGUAUUAUUGUUGUUGCGUUUUGUUUCAGCCAAGAAACAAGGUGACCGUCGAUCUGUGAAAGGGUGGGGAUGGCCCCCUGUAUCUACACUCCGACGAUCAACAUUAGUCUUACGAUAUGAAAAUAGAAAGAACCAAUGUAGAGAGAGAUAUGAUAUGUCAAAAUGAGGAGAGUAGAAAAAGAGAUCCCUUACUUGGAAGAUCUUGGAGCAUAUUUAUAGGUAAAGUCCUGUGAUACUUUGUUGGCCUUCAGUUGGACCUUGUGAUGUUUCAUGGGCUUGGGUCCAUAUGUGCUUACCAUACCAUAUUUACUAUUCGGUUGGGCUAUGCCAUAUUUACACCCCAACAAUUGUCCCCUAGUUAGGUAUUCAGUGGUACACUGAAUGCCUAACUAAAAGUCUUCGUGUUGUCAAACUUUUGUGGUUUCUACGUCCGACGUUCGAUGUAUGUGCACCUCUUUGUACUCUGGUUGGUUGCCUCGUGCCCCCAACAUCAUGCUGAUUGAACAACUCACAACAGAGAGUCAGAGACUAUGAAAAGACUGAGCAAUAUAACAUAAUAUGACUCACAACAUAGUUAGAGAUAUAACUCAAGCAAUGUAAAAAAUUAUUUAUUGCACUUCUCAUGUCUAACAAGGUUACGUCAUUUUUGGCGCAUAAUUGAAGAUUGUUUGUUUGCCUUAGAAAAAUACUGAAUGUGCAUGCACAUGUUAUCCCCAACUGUCCCCCAGUUAGUCGGCCAGUGGUGCACUGGACGGUUAAAUAAAGUCUCCCCACUUGUCAAGUUUCACGCAAGAACCUUUGGUGUUUUGUCCCCCGGUUUGUAUCCCCAUUAUCAUAUUGAUUACACAAUAAUGAUCACAAUAGACUAAGUGAUGCAACAAUUUGAUUCAUACAAUAACCAGGAAUGUAACUCGAGUAGGGAUAGAAAAUACUUAGCUUACUUUUUGACAUGUCUCGUUGGGGCUAGAAUUGGAGUGCCUAAAACAUAAGCAUUGGUGUCCGCAUUGGAACGUCAGUUUGCCUUAGGCGCCAUCAUUUUCCUUUUUCAAAUUGAUGACGUGCUCUCUAUGUGUUGAUUUGGCGUACCAAGUGUAUGGAGUACGCUUGAAACAAAAAAAAGUUUCCACAAGGAUACUAAGUAGUGCAUUAGAAUUAGAAUUUGACUCAUGCAAAGUUAACUCGAUAAGUGAUGGAAAAUACUUAGCUUAGCCUUGGAAGUGCUUCCUUGGUGCAUUCCAUAUGUACCAUAGUGUUUCCCUUUAGCUUGUUGGUAUGCACCUAUUCCUCAACACUUUUUUGAAUGCCUUUGAAUUAUGGUGUUGCAUGUUCCUCUUAGUGUGGAGAUGAUCUCGACUCAUGGCAUUAACUUUGUUUUGAGUGUAAAAGUCUGCAUUGAUGCCCUCGACUAGUCAAUCACGGGGAGCUUUGGCAUGGAUCUUUUACUUUUAAUUGAGACAUGCUCUCAUUAGUUUGCCUGUUAUUGGAGUGCUAAACUUGUAGUAGCUAAGCGCCCUUUUUGUAAUAAGGGCGCAUGGCUGGU